AUGUCGUCGCCGUUCUUUGGCGAACAGCGAAAGACACGUCACAAUAGAUCGUGCAGCUCCUGUGACUCGCUGCCUCGCUAUGCCGCAUCCCCGCCAUGCCACCCGCAGUACGCAAAAGUCGACAGGGCAGCGCCAUCUGUAUCGAGCCCCACCUUUUCAUCUGUCCCGCCGUCGCCAAAGUUCCCUGCACUGUGCAUGCAUGCCAUGUCGCACACAAACAGCACCGUGCCGUCCAGCAAGCUUCCUUUCAGCAACAGUGUAACCGGCAACGGAGCAGCGUUGAUAGGAACGCUUGCAUCCUUCGACUCUGAGGCUCCACGAGGCAGGCCAGCCUCCGUUGCUGAAGAUGGUGCUGCGAGCGGCAGCAGCAGUGGCCUCUCGCGUGCCGCCGUGCUGAUGAGCGGCCGCGGUGACGCAUCUCCGCCCUUUUCUCCGCAGCCAUCUGGCUCUGUUCUAGCAGUCUUCUGCCCCCUCACUUCAAAGGCUUGGCAGUCGGGCACUCUACGCGACGGUAUCGCAUUCGACGUGGACACAACGUCUAAAGUUAGCACUAUAUCCCCGCAAACAGGUCUGCAGUCACCACUCCUCUUUUCGUCGGGCUGGUCGCAGCAGAGCGUCUCGGCGGCGGCACAAGGCACGCCACCCUCCUUCAUGGGUACGCCGGGCCAAUCCCUCAUCAGCGCCGGGGCUGAAGGCGACGACGCCGAAGACACGCCGCACAGCUGCGGCGCCAUGUACUCCCCCAACCACUCCGUGAGCCUCUUGCCGGCGCCCAAGGUUUUCGUGUCGGUUUACCCCGUGCAGUCGCCGGAGCCUUUUGCGACGAAAUUCACCGGCUCGCCUGUCUUCGAGGUUUCUCUUACGACACCACCAAGCAUCAGGGCACCGCAGACGGGGGCGGCGAGGGGUGCCGGCGCCACGCCAGCCCCGUCCUCGCGCUUGCCGUCGGAGUCGUUGGAGCAGUAUUCGCUGUUGCGGUCUCCGAUACUCCACUCGUUGACACCGCUAUCCAUCUCACCCAGUGCACCUCUCUCACCGGGGUUUGGCUGCAUUACGGGGACUGAGCCGAUGCAGAGUCGACUCUCGCGCCAUCGUCUAGCAACUUCAGCCGGGUCCGAGCAGCUUCCUGUGAGAACGAGCAACGACAUGCGAUCGCGCAAUGCCGCGGUUGCGUCGCCGCCGCCCGCCGCUGUGCCCUCCGUAAACAGUAAUCACGAAUCACUCAGUGAUCGUCUCGUCUCGCCCGCGCGGCGCAGCUAUCGCUGCCCACUGCCCAGCUCGAAUGAGGCGUCGCUCUCGUCGUUCUUCGCGGUGGACGAUGCGGGGCUCCACGCUAACCUUUCGAUGACCCAGGCGAGCGAAGAGGAUGCGGCACAUCGAGCCGCCAGCGCCACUCUUCCCCGCGUCUGCUCAUCCAAAGACACGGAAGCAGAAGAAGGCGUUGCCGCCGCCCUUGCUCCUGACACGACGGAUGACCCUUUUGAAGCCUUCUGGGAUAUUUCGCCUGCAGCCCAGUGGGGCGGCAGCGUCACAGAGAUGUUGCCUCGCAUCACGACAUCAUCAGCGCCGUUCGAAACAGGGUCUGCGUCCCGCAGCGUCACUGCCUUCGCGUCAGGGACCCAUGAGAAAGACAGCCAUUCAAGUGAAGAGUUCAACCAAAAUAACCGCCUCUCCUGCGUCUCCAUGGAGAGGCAUCGCAAUACCAUAUUGCAUCGACCUUCAGCGGCACAGCAGCGCAAUACCAUAUUGCAUCGACCCUCGGUGGUACAGCAGCGCAACUCAGUUAACAGAUCCGUCGAUACCCAGCGUACGACGAGCAAGACGAUGACGCUGCAGCAACGCCAGCGACGUUUUUCCCUGCAACAGGAGGACAGCAUUGAAAUCAAGCGAAGGAGUUACGCGUGA